AUGACUCGCUUUGCCCAAUUCGCGGCCAUUGCGCUCUCUCUCGCCGCUCCGGCACUGGCGGCCUGCGACUACGGAACCCAUCUCAACCCCCGAAGCGAGUCUGUCCCCAUCAGCACCUUUGGCUACACCGGACUCACCGGCCCAUUGAACUGGUUCGGGCUCAACACGACGGCCAACAAAAUGUGCGCCACGGGCAAGUUCCAAUCUCCCGUCAACCUGGACUCUUCCAUCUCUACGGUCCACGGAAGUUCGGUCACCUUCAAGGUGGACUCUUAUCCCUUUGGCUCCGAGUUUGAGAAUCUCGGCACUACUGUCGAGGUGCCCGUCAAUGGAUCGCUCGUUUCCGAUGGCAAGACGUACAAAUUGGCCCAGUUCCACUUUCACACUCCUAGCGAGCACCACAAAUCCACGGCUGUUGUCGCUUUCUUGAUCGACCUCGGACUUAUUUCUGAUCCCCUGCUGACGGCGGUUUUCGCCUCUGUUGGCAUGAUUGCGGAGCCUGGUUCGACGACCACGACCGGUCCUCUUGUGUUUGGCCCUCUUGAGAAUCACCUCCACUCCAACACCAUCUUCAGGUACUCUGGCUCCCUGACCACGCCUCCUUGCUCUGAGGGUGUCUCAUGGCACAUCAGCACCAAGCCGCUGCAGAUUGACGAAAUCACCUAUCAACGAGUCAGGAAUGUCGUCAAGUUCAACUCUCGAUACACACAAAACUCGCUUGGCGAGGUGAAUCUGCUGCAGAACGCUGCCAAUGAGCUUUAA